AUGAAUCACCUCAAGCUGGUUGUGGUCGGUCCAAACGAGUGUGGCAAAUCAUAUAUCUGCAAUUAUCUUUCAGAAACUGUAGAUCAGGUUACUGGUGGAUAUCAUCCAACCAGUGGUGUCAGAAUAUUAGAAUAUGAACAAAAAGUCAAGAUAAAAGGAAAAACCAUCAAAGUUGAAGUUGAGCUAUGGGAUGCCAGUGGAGAUAAAAAGUAUGAAACUUGCUGGCCGGCUAUUUUCAAAGGGUGUCAUGGAGUUGUUUUUGUGUAUAACCCUGAUAAUCUUAAUCACGUAAACAAUCUACAAGAUUGGUAUCGAGCAGUGCCACCUAGUUUGGGCCUGAGCGAACAGCAGAUGUGCAUCAUUUGUCACAAAAAACCAGACACAUCAAUUCGUGACCCGGUUUCUCUACAUGACCUGCAUAAAAUACUCCACUUGUUUUCUAACAUACCAAAAGAUGGGGAAAGACUCAGAGAACAGUUUGGAAAAUUUGUAUCACAUGUAGCAUGGGGCAGGCUGGAGGCGAGUGAACAAGAAGAGCUUCAAAUAAUGAAUAGUUAG